UUUUGUUGUAUAGUGGGUAUAGUUAAAAUUAGAGUUAAAAUUUUGAAAUGAGGUCGGGGGAUCAUAGGUCCCAUAAUGAAGCAGACCCCAGCGCCCAGCAGCAGCGCUGGUCUCCUCUCCAAUUUCUCUGCGAGACUUUUCUACUGGUGUUUCGGUCGAAUUGUCCGGAAUUUGGAUUUUUUUUUCCGGUUUUUUCUCUCUCUCUCUCUCUAAAGGAAAACUAGGAGAUGGCUUCGAGACUAUCCGAUUCGCUCCACUUCGUAAUGAUACCCCUCAUGGCUCAAGGGCACAUGAUCCCGAUGUUUGACAUCGCCCGGAUUCUUGGCGAGCGUGGGAUCGCCUCGACUAUCUAUACCACCCCAUUGAAUGCUUCCCGCUUCAGAGGCACGAUGUCGCGGGCUCGUGAGUUGCGCUACCCCAUCCGGCUCGUGGAAGUCCCUUUCCGGUCCAAGGAAGUCGGACUCCCUGAUGGAUGUGAGAACCUCGACACGCUUCCGUCCCCUGAUUUGUUGCAGAAGUUCCACAGUGCCGUCGAGAAGAUGCAGGAGCCGGUCGAGGAUCACAUCCGACUACACGACCCUCCGCCAAGCUGCAUCAUAUCUGACCGAGCCCUGUUUUGGACUGCAGAAACCGCUCGAAAGUUCAGGGUCCCGAGGUUUCUCUUCAACGGGAUGAGCUGCUUCUCGCGAUUAGCCAUGCAUAAUGUGGAACAACAUUACCACAGUUCUCUCGGGUAUUACUUAAACUUGCCUCAUAAAGAACCGUUUGAGGUCCUCGGCAUGCCCCAGAGCUUCAAGAUAAGGAAGUCUCAGCUGCCCGCGACGUUUGGGCCGCUGCCCAACUUGGAAGAUGUCCGUGCAAAGGUGCACGAGGCUGAGAAGUCGUCCCAAGGACUAAUUAUCAACAGCUUCGAUGAACUAGAGCAGGGUUGUGUCGGAUUAUAUGAGAAGGCCAUUAACCAAAAGAUAUGGUGCAUCGGACCGGUUUCCUUGUGCAACAAGAAUGAGCGGGACAGAUUGGACAGGGGGAACCAGGCGCCGGAGGAGGUUAAACGGAGCAUGGAGUGGCUCGACGCGAUGAAACCGAAGACCGUGAUCUAUGCCUGCCUAGGUAGCCUGUGCAGGCUCGUGCCGGACCAGUUGGUCGAGCUCGGGAAGGGCCUGGAGGCAUCUAACCGGCCCUUCAUAUGGGUGAUGAAAACCGGAGGAAAUGAGAGGACCUUGGAGCUGGAGAAAUGGUUGAGGGAUGAGAGGUUUGAGGAGAGGAUCCAAGGGAGGGGAUUCCUGAUCAGGGGAUGGGCACCGCAGCUAGAGAUCCUAUCCCACAGGUCAAUCGGCGCGUUCCUAAUGCACUGCGGGUGGAACUCGACCCUUGAAGGGAUGUGCUCCGGGAUUCCAAUGAUCACCUGGCCGCAGUUUGCGGAACAGUUUGUCAAUGAGGCCAUGGUUGUGGACGUGCUGAGGAUUGGGGUCCGGGUCGGGGUUGACAUGGCGGUCAAGUUCGGGGAGGAGGCGAAGGUCGGGGUGUUGGUGAAGGAGGGACAGGUCUUGAGGGCCAUAGAGGAGGUGAUGUCUAGUGGCGAGGAAGGGGAGGAGAGGAGGAAGAGGGCUAUUGAGUACAGUGAAAAGGGAAGGAAGGCAGUCGAAGAUGGAGGCUCUUCCCGCUCUAAUUUGUCUCAAUUGAUCCAAUAUGUCAUGCAAGAAUUAAAGCGUCAAGAAGAUAUCGACGACGUUUAAUUAAAGAAAGAACGAACGUGAUGCGGUGGCCCUGAACUCCCAUCUGAAUUUAAGAGGAUGGCUUGUUUGGUUUGUGAAAAUAAUUUUAGAAUUAUGAUUUUGAUUUUAACU